AUGGCGUCCUCAUCAACUCCAUCGACUCCCUUGCUCUACUCCUGUAUCGCACACAACACCACGAUUCUCGCAGAAUGUACAACAUCGGCAUCAUCGCAAACCUCAUCUCUCGCAUCGCUUAUCCUCCCUAAGAUCGAACACACCAGUCCCCAAAAGCUCACCUACACCCAUGGCCAGCACCAGAUCCACUACGUCGCCGAGUCCCCCUCUGAGCAUCGCGACUCUCCAUCCGCCGGCGGCCUUACAUUCCUCGUCAUCGCCGACUCGUCGCUUGGCCGUCGCGUGCCCUUUGGUUUUCUUUUUGAGAUCCGCAAGCGCUUCCUGCAGCAGUUCCCCGAAAGCAGCGACUUCUCCGACAUGCCCAACUACGGCGCCGCAUCCUUCAACUCAGAGCUCAAGUCGCUCAUGGUUGACUACGGCACCACCAGCGGCGGUCGCGACGAUGCCAUCGGAAACGCCAAGCGCGAGAUCGACGACGUCAGAGGAAUCAUGACCAAGAACAUCGAGAGUCUGCUUGAGCGCGGCGAGCGCCUGGACCUGCUGGUUGACAAGACGGAUCGCUUGGGCGGUAGUGCGCACGAGUUCCGUGUGCGCAGUCGAGGUCUGAAGCGCAAGAUGUGGUGGAAGAACGUCAAGCUUAUGGGGCUCUUGGCGCUCGUAGUAUUCCUCAUCAUCAUGGCAAUUGUGAUUGCGAUCAAGAACGGUUCCGGCUAA